GUGGCGAGUUUUUGUCAGCAUGAGCGAGUCUAAUGAGUGUGCGAAGGAGACGGAUGCAGCAAAUGUGGAAGCAGGAAAGAAAUCAAAACCUGAUACUAACUGGGAAGCCCAGUGCCCUCUAGCGGAGGGAGAAACUGACGAUUGGAAGGAGCCAAGAAGGCCCCUCAGUCGGUGGAGGUGGCUGCUCCUUGGACUAAAUCUACUUUUUCUCGUUCUGCUUCUUACUCUUCUUUUGCUCUGGUACCUGAGAGUCAUACCGAAGGUUUUGGAUGAAGAACCGACUGCACUAUCAAGUCCCGAGUGUCAGUCGCUCCGUCUUCCUCUGUGUCACAAAUACCGGGUACCGUGGACGUACACCCUGUACCCGAACGCGCUGGGCCACGCGAGCCAGAGCGAGGCGAGAGAGGCGCUGCAACGUUUCGAGCCCCUCGUCAGCGUCAAAUGCCAUCCGCUGCUACCCCUGCUGCUGUGCGCCCUGCACGCCCCCAAGUGCCUCCAGGGGGAAGCGAGGAGUGUACCCCCCUGCAAGAGCUUGUGUAAAGAGACCGUUCAUCGGUGUGACUUCUUUCUGGGAGUUUUCUCACUCUCGUGGCCGGACAAGAUGUCGUGCGAAGACCUGCCGGACUCCACGGAUCCAGAAGUAUGUGUUGGACACGAGCAGAUGCGGAGUAUUGAAAUUGCAGCAAGAGCCUGCGUGAAGGGUUUCCGGUGUGACAAGACACGCUGCCUGCCCAACUCCUGGGUGUGCGACGGGUUCCCCGAUUGCACGGACGGAAUGGACGAGAAGAACUGCAGCAAUUGCUCACCUGAUCAGUUCUACUGCGGUCAUUCUACCUGCAUUUCGAAGAGCCUCGUUUGUGACGGCAACAAAGAUUGCCCGGAUGGAAAAGAAGAGAGAAGCUGCCUACGACUAACUGGCAGUCAACAAUACAAUGGAGAAGGCCGACUGGAAGCAUACAACCUAGUCACGGACAGCUGGCAACCAGUAUGUGGUGACCAGUGGGACACCAGCACCAUGAGCCCACGAGUAUGCGCCAUGCUUGGAUACAAAAGUGUUAAAGAAACUCGUCUUCGAGACGAAACGUCGCUCGCUGAGAACAGAUUGGCAGUCGGCAUUACCAUUGAUGUUAAGAAGAAGAUGAAGUCACUCUUCACUAAAGCUCGGUAA